AUGACGGAUCGUUCACGACCCUACCCUCUAGGAGGGCCCUGUAACCCAUUCGUCAUCGAUGACGACGACGAGUACGAGGACAAGGACGACGUUGCUAGGCGGAACCACAGAAUCGAGGAAGAAGCACAAACAGGCCGCCGGCUUGCUGAAUGGGCAGCGUCACGAAGCACUCGCUGGGCAACAAGUAAUGAGGUUGCGAUCUCGGAUCUGUCCGACGACUUCGACGCGGACCAACACAUUGAAGAUAUCUUAGCGCAGGAUAUCUCCCAUAUCAUCGACCUGACAGGUGAUGAGGACGACCCCUCGACUUCCAGCCCCGUGCCAUCCAGAGAGGAGGGAAGAGAGAUUGAAAGUUGCGUCUCGCCCGACGGACUGCUGCUCCGGGCCGGCCAAGCCGUCGAGCUCCAUAGUUCCCUCGGCAACUACGGAGUUCGAUUCCUCAAGAUCAAGUCCAUCGUCCAGCAUGGCCCCAAUUCGGAGAUCGUGCUCAGGGGUUGGGGCUAUGCCCGAACCCGAGAGCUUGACGGGAUGUUGCCAGCCAAGCUGAACGAGCUUGUGUUGGUGGCAGAGUUUCGCGGACCAGAUCCGACGAGUCUCGAAAAGCAAGGGCUGGUGGAAGUCCCACUGAGUUGGGUCAAGUGUGGCAGAGACCUCCGAGUGACGAAUGCGCCCUUCCCAGAGCAUCGAUUUGAUCCAUUGGAAUAUUCGAUAAUGGGAAAGAACUGGGUGGAGGAACACGGAACUCUGGUCUGUCGAUACCGGUACGAGAUCCAUUACCACGGCAACAGCGAGAAGCCUUGUGAGUGGGUGCUUGGCUGCAUGGACGAGGAUGCGGCGGAUCCCUCGUACAGACUGUCGAACGCCCAGAGCCUCAAUCGGUGGCGUGGCGGGAAGAUACCUGGCGGGUCAUACAACCCUUCUGGAUCAAGCCGUCCUGUGUUCGAUUUAGAGUCCGGUUCAUUGAGCAGCGCCCACACCCAGACUCGGAAUCUUUUGCCCGACCAACGUUACACGGCAGGGGAUGUGUUCGCCGGCGCCGGCGGCGCCUCCAGGGGGAUCGAAAGGGCGGGUGUUCACUUAGCCUUUGCGGUGGACCAUUGGCCUCCGGCGGUCGAAUCACUGAGGGCAAACUUCCCAGAGACCCAGGUUUACGAAAUGGAUGUCACGGACUUUCUCGAGUCUGAAUUCAUCCGACACGUUGUCGACAUUCUCCAUGUCUCUCCGCCGUGUCAGUUUUGGUCCCCGGCCCAUACCGUAGCGGGGAGGGACGACGACAAAAACAGCGCGGUCCUGUUUGCAUCCGCCCCUUUGAUAAAGAAACACCGGCCACGACUGUUCACCAUGGAGCAAACCUUCGGACUUCUCAGCCCGAAGUUCACCGGCUUUUUCAAUACCAUGCUCCGCGACAUUGCGCAACUCGGCUGUUCAAUGAGAUGGAGGGUCGCCCCCCUCGCCAACUACGGCGUGCCGCAGCUCCGAAGGCGGCUUAUCAUAAUCGGCUCCGCCCCUGGGGAAAAGCUCCCACCGUUUCCACCAGCGACACACAGCAAGGAUGGCGCCGGUGGCCUGAAGCGGUGGGUCACACCGAAGAAGGUUCUCGAUAAGCUACAAUCCCGCCGGGACUUCAAGCUGCAUCAACCUCAACUCAGCAGGAGAUUCCGCCCGCCAAAGGCACCUUGGGAUCCAACCAAGCUCGCCCGGACUAUCACCACCAACGGCGGCCAAAACUACCACUGGGACGGCGAGCGGGACUUUACGCUGCUCGAGUACGCCCUCUUGCAGGGGUUCCCGACAUGGCACAAGUUCAGGGGUGGCUAUAUCAAGAAGCAGAUUGGAAACGCGUUCGCCCCAACAGUGGUCAAGGUCCUCUACGAGCACCUGAAGAAAUGGCUGCUCGUUCAAGAUGGAUUCGACAGCGAGGCCCGUCCCCAAGUCAGCGCCGGCCUUCCCAGAAACACCAGCCCCAGGGAUUGCGUCUGGCUCCCCUGUCCCGGGUCCCAAAGAUCGCGCAGCUCGCGCAGGCUGAGCGAGGUGGUGCGGCGCCUCAACCUAGUUGCCAAGCAGGAGGAGAACCUGGUCGACUUGGUGGACCUGGACGGAGCGGACGAGCUCUCGGACACGGCGACACUCCGGGGUGACGAGGAAGUGCAGGAUCUGAUGGACGUGGAGGACAGCGCUGCUGACCUGGUGGUCGAUGGGGGCGGCGGCGGCACGCGGGAUGAUCCAUAUCUUGUUUGGGACUGA